CGGUGCAUGCUGGGACCUGUAGUUCGGAGCUGCGGCGCGUUCGCCGCACCCGUAGGGCCGGCGAGCGAAGGGAGAACUACAAGUCCCAGGGCGCCGCGGGAAGCAGCGGGCAGGGCGCCGCCUGAGGGCGGGGGGUACGAACGGGAACCUGCCGGCGGUGCUGCCGGAGGGCGCUUCCUCAGGUCCUUUGUGAGACGGUGUCAAUGGGAAAUUAGCAGUCAGCUGCAUACCGUCCGCCUCCAGCGUGGCCCUGGGGAGCUGCAGUGCUGCUGAGAGGAGCCCAGGACUCUGCAGGCUGUGCUCAAUGCUGGGUGUGGAACAGACUCUGCAUGGCCCAGUUUGGAGCAGACUGAUAAGGCUCCUUGUUUCUUAGCAACCGCAGUCUGCCAUAGCAAGGAACCUGCCCUUCUGCAGCUGGAGGGAAAAUUCUGAAUGUCUCAAAUCUCUGUCUUGAACCAAGACUUUUGUCUAUCGUGGGCAUGGAGGUGCCGUACAUCCUUCUCUUAACCAGACUUAUAGCAGAAGUUGCCAGCAAAUCUACUGAAAGUUCGGUUUCAGAAACAGAAUGUUGUGUGGAUAUGUUGGAGUCAAACAGUUCCUGUCCAGUAGCCAACCAGUGCAGCCCAGGUUGUUACAGACGAUGGAACGAGGAUGGGAGUAGCAGCUGCAUUAAGUGCAAAAAUGAAACUCUUCCUGUUGCUACUGUUUACAAUCUGACUGACUGCAGAAACACUGGUAUCAGAGGGAUGAAUUUCCAAAUGAAUAUAAGCACUGUAACUCCUUUCAUACAGAACAUAGGGGGUCCGGAAGUGGCAGCUUCUCUCAUCUUAGGGACAUUUUUCAUCAGCUUAUUCCUGAUUCUGUCUGUCGCUUCUUUCUUCUACCUCAAACGUGCCAAUAAACUUCCUAAUGUUUUCUACAGAAGGAACAAAGCAUCUGUUCUCCAGCCUAGUGAAACAGCAUCCAUGAUACCUCCCCCAGCUACUUCAGUUCGGAAGCCGCGAUACGUCAGACGAGAACGGUCGCUAGUGACAUCUGCAUCUGCUGCUAUGAUAUCAUCUUCUGAAACCAGGGUCAGCAAUGUUUAGCCUUCAUUCCCGACUGAGGACUCUGUAACUGUACGCAGUGUUGAAGAAACUUUUUCUGAAUCCACUGAAGUGCCAGGCAACGAGCGGCUGACCUAAACGGAAGCCAAAUUACUGUGUCAAAGAGUUUGUGCCAAAUGUUAACGGAGAAAUGAACUCGUGUAAAGAUGCUGAAUGGCAGGCUACAUCCAGUUCUGUGAACUGCUUUGGUGAUCUUGAAAUGCACUAUUCCAGCUCUGUGGUUUCCUUUGUCUCCCACAGAGGCCGCGUUUCAUCUUGAAAGAAUCUGUCUUUCUUUGGUACGCUUUCAGUUUUGGCAAGUUCUUCCUGUGUCGCGAUAUGUUGUGUGUCACCAGAGUGGAACGUCUCAGUGCUGCAGGCCAACACAAAAUACUGGGGGAAACCAAGGACGUGGGGUUGUUUGAAGGACCCAUUUGUAACAGCAAACACUAAGUGCCACUGCUUUAAUGUUAUAGGACAAUGUAACAAUACUUAAAUUGUAAUAUUAAAAAAACAAACAAACACAAAAACUCCUCCUGAAACAUCCCCUACUAAUUCUGAAGUAGCUGACCCUGGCUUUUAACUCUCAUGACAGACCCACCAUUCAAAUGCUGUUAAUACUUUUGAAAGCUGGCCGGUAGGGGUUGGAUCCUAACAGAUUCAUAAGCUUUGGCAGCUUUUCAGCUAGCUUCAGCUCAGUCCUUGAAUGAAGAACCAUUUGCUUUGGCUUUGUAGUUGGUAUGCUGCUACGUCUGUCCCGCAAAGACAGUCUCUAGUAUCUUCCUUGUACACAGCAGGUGAAAAGAAACCAAAAUUCCUGCAGGGGAUCUGUGCACUGUUAGACGUGCCAAUGAGUGUCAAAAUGAACUUGAGAGAUCAAGUGAAUUUCUAUCGAUGCAAUAAAGGGUUUCUUUUCUCAAGCCUUUCCUUAAUGUGCCUGACUUGUGCAGGCCAGCACCUUAGGGCAGAGUCUUUUUUGAAAGCCAGCCUAAAUAGCCCCUCAGAUGCCUGCUCUUGCCCAUCUAAUGCCAGCCAAAUAGUCACUCUGGAAAUUGAAGUAGCUAUAAAAUGGUUAGGCUAGGCUACCUUUCAUCAAAUUGGGUCCUGGCACGGCUGACUGUUGCCAUGUGAACAUUUAAAUUGGCACCAUGGGCACAAUGGUACGGGCGUGAGAGUGGGUGACAGGGAAAUGACUGGAAAACUUGAGGUUGCUAAAUUGGUGGAAGCGUCACUGUCACCAUAUGUGAAAUUAUUUCUAAGCAGCCUGUGCAUUCCCACCUACCUGUGUUGCUAUUGCCUGUCUUAGUUUAGCUGGAGCUCGGUUACGGGUCUGUACUCCUAAAAUAAAUUACUUUUGAAGCUUUUUAUCAUCAGGCACUGCCAUGAACAUAAUGGUCGGGAACUGGAACAGUCAGUUCUCUUCAGAAAAUGGGAACGUAAGUGUCAUGAGCUGAUGCCAUACCCAUAUGGAGAGUGCAGACCUUUUUAUCCGGAUUCCUUUUCUCUUAGGUUAAAAGCUUAUCCAGAGUGAUAGGAACAGAGCUGGGCUGGGCAGGGAUAUCUUACUGAAUGGCCUCUUUUUAUACAAGUUUCAGUGCAGUUGUAUGUACUCGCAUCUCUCUCCUUACGAGGUAAAUGAGGUCUCCUGUAGCAUCCAAACAAGCAAAGACUGGGGAUAAAGAAAAACCCUCAAAGAAGCACCCUGCCCCCGAGUGAGGGGAAAAACAACCAAAAAAAAAACCCCACACCACCCUUGAGUUGCUGUAUGGAGAAACAUCAGACCGUCUUUUUGUCAAAAGGAUCUAAAAAGCUUUUGUUCUAGCAGACAAAACUAACGACAGCAGACGAUGCCACUUCAGCUUUCAAUCUGAAAUGCGCUUACAGUUCUUACGUUCCCUGUCCGGGAAGUGGCAGUUUUAACUGUGAUUUCCAUGUCUUUUCAUGUUUGUGCCACUGUGAAUUUUAUUUUAUUUUUUCCCCACAAUAAGAAAUCAUUGGGAGGUUAUAGGUUUUUCCUGACCUCAGUUGCUGAAUAUUUUCUUAACCUCUUGAGGAAAAGGAGUAACUAUGCAAAUAACGUAACGCCAAGAAAAGGCACCUUUUGAAAGCAGGGAGUUUCUGCUUGCAGAUCUGUCAGCGAUAGCGCAUCCACGUGUUGCUUAGUUGCAAGAUGUAUUCUUUCUACACAUAAAUUAUUGAAGGAUCAUUCACGUCGUAGCGCUGUCUUAUCCUCAAGUGCACACUGUGACUUUGGUUGCGUCUAACCUCUGUGCCGUCAAGUCCUUCCUCAACCACAGCAUCUCUUCUCCUUUCUGCGCUGCUUCUCCCCAGCACGCUCUUUAAGUGCAGUGAAUACGUGUUCCUGCCUGUUUGUUUCUGUUUCAGGAUCUUUUCACCUUUUGUUAAUGCUCUCUGAUGCAGUGGACCCCUGUUCCAAACCUCUCUUUGUUCAUUUGCACUGUCGGUUUAAGCAUAGAAUGUGUUUUGGUUUCAGUCUCCCUCCAGCGUAAUAAUGGAUAUAAUAUAUAAAAUUGGCUUUAACAAACCAUGGUAUUUUAUGUAUUUGUGUAUUUUUUUUCAAUUGUGCCAAAAUAAACGUCU